AUGACUUCACCUAGACGCGUCUAUUAUGGCCUCUUCGUGGCUUUAAUUCUGUUCUUGGCUUUCACUCUCUAUAUUAGUGUGGGCGAAGUUGACAGAACACCCGCAAAGCGAAGUAACAAGCACACUCUGGAUCCCCUGUACGAAGAUAUCAGGAUUCUCUGCAUGAUACCCUAUAGUUAUCAUUACCCCGACACUGCCAAAUACGUGAAGCGCACCUGGGGAAAGCACUGCAAUGCUUUGCUAUUUGUGAGUGGGGAUGUCGAUGGCGAGUUGGAGCCCUAUGUGCCUGUGAUUAACUCCACGCAUACGUGGACUUUGGUCCAUCAGGGGCUGAUGUACGCCUCUGUGACCUAUGCCGACAAAAUCGAUUGGAUCCUCAGAGUCGAGCCCUCUAGCUUUGUAGUUGUGGAGAAUCUCCGGCAUAUGAUAGACAAGAGGAAAUACCAACCCAGUCAACCGAUAUAUUUUGGCUACGAGCUCGAGAAUAUUGUUACACAUGAGCCCUUUGUCCACGAUCGUAGUGGGUAUGUGAUAAGUCGAGAGGCCUUAAGACGAUAUACGGAGGCGUCGAAGGAUCCUGAGAACAAGGAUUGCACUCAUUGGGAAGGGUAUGUUGAGGGUCUGGACAUACAUCGGUGCUUGAGUUUUGCUAACGUUACGGUAGCAGAAAGUCGCGACGAAUUUGAGAACGAGACAUUCAUACCCGUUGAAAUGGAUUACCAGUUCCAAGAUGGCUAUGAUACUAUACCCUGGCUGCGUAACUUAACUUAUCACAAAAGAACAGAGAAAUCAGUUCCCAUAUCCAGCCGCGCCAUUGGGUUUCUGGUAAAAUAUCCGCCAGAAAUGUACGAUUACUACUAUUUUGUUUACCGAGUAAAGUCCUUUGGCACCCCCGUCCCAGGCUCCAUUGACCGUAAAAGGCCGUAA